CAGUCGACCGCGAGCCUCCGUCGCGAGCGGGUGUCCAAAGCUUUCGUUACUAACGAACCCUGUGUCUCGUAAUACGGCCUGCGACGAACUUUACGUUACGUCAUUUGGUUACAGUGAUGGUAUAGUGUUGUGUUUCGAUGAUUUUGUUACAAUGGUGUGCAAGGAGAAACGUUUUCGGCAAAUGUGCGCGGUGUUUUUUUGGUUGUUCACCUGUUUUAACGGACUAUACGCUGUGAAGAUAGUGAAAGUGGAUGUGCCGGAGACGAUACAAUACGGAGUGCAGGACGCGGUGGUGUUAGACUGUGAUUACACGUAUGGGAACGAUACCUCAGGGUUAAUGGUGAAGUGGUUCUUUAAGACCAAAACGCGGCUGGUGUACCAGUGGAUAGCGACGAAGAAGCCGCAGGACAUGGGGAUAUUGAGGGGUCGCGUAGACCUGACGUACAGAGCGAGCAAUGAUUCGUUAAAAAUGCAUAGGGCACUGCGUAUAGUGAAACCGAAUACGGACAUUUCGGGCGACUACACUUGUGUUGUGUCCACGUUUAUGGAAGAGGAUUCUAGGACGAAACAAAUGAUUGUUUUCGUGCCGGAGACCAACUUCCGUCUGAUCCAGAACAAGACGGACGAUGACACCGUCAACGUCAUCUGCGCGGCAGACGGCGCCUUCCCCGCGCCCAACCUCACGCUCGCCACGCCUAACAGGAGGCUCGACGGCGUGUCGCACAAGCUGAAGUUCGUGAACGGCAGGUAUUCCGCCGUGGCGUCCGUCACGCUGCUCGACGCGGACUUGCCGUCGCCGGCGGAAUUCAUUUGCACUUUGUGGAUACCGCUGGCAAAGUACACGGUGCGCAAAGAGGCUAUUUACUAUCCAGGGCCCAUGAGCACCACGCCAGAAAUGCCGACUGCAGCGGACAUGCAGCUAGCAGCGGCUGUAGGAUCUAAAGGAUCAAGAUUUUACACUGCACUGACUACGAUAUUGCUGCCUGCUUUAGCUCAAUUAUUGGUAUCAUAAUCAUCGAUGGAAAUAUUAUUAUUAAGAUUUUCAACCCGCAAGAAUCAAUUUGUAAUUAUGUGCGUCGUGACCUAGACCUCUAGUCAUUACUGUCCAAAAAUUACACCAAAGACGCGCGCACUCGGAGUGUUCAACAUAAUAUUUUCCCUCACUUGAAGUUUAGCUUAUAUGUGUAAUACCCGCUAAGAUCCGUUAAUAAUAAUAAAUAUAAAUUGGUGUUGAUUGGGUUGUAAAUAAAUCUCUUAAUUGGUUUAACCACAGAAAACAGAUGAAGUGAUUAUGCUAGAGGGCUCAUAUUAUUAUAAUUAUUAACGUCAACAUAUUAUAUAUAUAUUGUUAUGAAUUACUUUGCAAAUGUGAUUUUUUUCAAUAAACCAUCAAACCUCAGAUGACUUCAAAAAUAACAGUUAUCAGUGACCAUAACAGAUGAGUUUUUUUUUGCAACCUGUUUGAAAGUAUUUAUUUAUAAAUUAAAAAUAUAUCCGCCCCUAUGUCGUGAGUAUAUUAUAGUGGGCGGAUAAUUGUGCCUCUGCGUAUAUUUUAAUUUAGUAAAGAAUUGCCUUCGUAGCAAUAUUGCCGCGCAGUUACCAUUCCUGUUAGAAUUGGGGAUAAAUUAUAGCCUGUGUUAUUGGCUGAUAAUCACGCUUUUCAUUGGUGAGAAAUUAAAAUUUUUUAGUUUAGUUUAGUUUAGGUUUAAUAGAUUUCAUGUACGUAUUUAUAUUAUAAAUUCGGUUUGGAUAAAAACAUAAAGAAACGAAGUUAAGUGCAGACCUUUUUAUGGAUAAUAUUUUGAAGCUUUGGUAUUUACAAACAUUAAUUAAGAGAUUUACUUACGACACUAAUAGCACUUUAGGUAAAAAAUAAAACAAAUUGUACAGCUCUAUGACGUGAAUUUUCAUUAAAUAUUUUUCUUAACAAAGAAUAACGAUUGUAAAUAGCGAUUUCUAUUUAAUUAAAAUUGUAUAAAUGAUGUAGAUAGUUCAUUGUCGGGCCUAAGGUUGGACGUUUUUUCAUUAGACAUUUUUAUUGAGUAAUAACUUUAUUGUAUCUAAAAGAUAUAGUAUAGUUUUUAUGUUGACAAGUUGAGGUAUAAUUUUGUCUAAUUAAUAGCUUAUUUCAAUUUCUUACUGUAAUUAUAGUACGGUGGUUUACCUGGAAGCAAAUAAUAACAAACCAUAAAUGUGUUGGAUAGAGACUUGUUAAUUAUCUCUCAUUUAUUUAUUUCUCCUUUUUUUUAAAUCUCUAACAAUGUAAAAACUUAUAAAAAAAAAAUAUUACUUUUCACUCGUGUUCACUUCUACAGACGCUUGUAAUGUCUAUGGUUCAAUUAUUGACUCAGGAUUAAUAAGAGUUAUGAAAAUUGGGUAGGGUCUAGGACUCUAGGUUUCGUGACUUUAGCAGUGGCUAGUGACUAUCUUACUGACAAAGUUAUAUUCCCAAAUGGUUUAAUGGUUUAGUGUUUCGGUAUAGUGAAUAUACUUUAAGUGGUAUGGAAAAAUAAACCAUACCCCCUUUAGUUUAGAAAAGGGUACGUAAAGGUGGGAUUUGUUUUGUAGAAACUUUAUCUGUGAUUCAAUAGUAUCCUGAGUGAACAGAAUCAUUGCAUUUUUCUGGAAUUAAAAAAUGAAAAUAGUCCUGAAACGAAUCAACAGAAGGGAGUGUUUUAAUCUUCAGAAUGGGAAAUGAGGUGUUCAGCAAUCAAUACGUCUGUCACAAGUGGGUCAUACCCACCCGACACUGUCGAUCGCUUCAUUACCAAUGGGCAUGAGAUUUGUAUGCUCGGAAUAGCAGAGCCGUUUUCGUAUCGAGUAUCUAACGUCAAUGUAAAAUCGAUCUACUGUACCUCGUUUUAAAGACUAUAUUCAGUAUUAACAAUUUUUAUUUUACAGUAGACAAGUACAGUAUUUUAACACUUCAUUACCCGUACCACGAAAACGGGAUUUGCACGUACAUAAACAAACCUUCGAGUGUUCAAACACUGUAUUGUCCAAUUAAAAUUGACCUUACGUAAUUUGUUAUAAGGUUGUAAAUUCUGCAUUAUUUUUUAUAUAUUUUACUCAUUCACCUGGAAGCGCUUUUUGUAGGUACUUACAAAUAACUUGGGCUUUAAGUCAAGGCUUAAGUCUAUUUUAUUCUGAAAUCACUGUGUAUUGAAAACUGGUUGGUAAUAGUGUUUAUCUAAUUGAAAGGUUUGUGAGUGGAAGUCCAAAAGAUCAAAAAUUAUAUACAAUUUUACUCUUCAUAAAAUUUCUUUAUAUAUUUCUUAUUCUUUAUUAAUGGAAAUACAUAUAUAAAUGGAAAUAAAAGUAUAUACUUUUUAAUAUUAUUCAAUAUAUUGGUAACCAUAAUGUGUAUAACACAUUUUAAUAUUAUGUCUAAUUAAAAAACGUUCAUGAUUAUUAUGAAAUUGUUGUUAGAUAGUUUCGUUAGUUGUAACUUAAAAUUCACCAAAGUUAUACCAAAUUUUGAAAGCUAUUAAAAUUGUGAAUUCUCUAUGAAUUAUGUCUGACAUUUAAUGUAUUUUUGUUUAAGGAAGUUAUCUAUGUGUAAUAUUAAUAUAUGAAAAAAUGCCUGUGCUGAUUAAAAAAUAUAAGUCGUAAAAUAUCACAUGUACGGGACUGCAACGCAUCGUUUUAUAAAAAUAAAGAAUAUUUUUUGUGUUAGUAACCACGUUUUUUAAAAAAAAUAUUGGCAAUAGAUGGUUACUAUAAAGAAUCUCAUGUUUUUUGUUCCAUUGAAUUAAUUUAAUAAAUUAAUAUUUGGUUAUUAGUUCAUUCACCACUUUGUUGAACCUGUACCUGUUGUAAUAAAUAAUAAAUUAUUAACGAAAUGACUUUAUUUUAAUCAUUACAAUGAGUUAGUAUAUAAAAUCUAUUAAUUGAUUUACGAAAUAAUUGCUAAUUAUACAAAAUAUUUUGCAAUUAGGUUUAUUAGGCAUUAGAUAUUGUUUCCUCUGUCCGUGGGUAAAACAAAUUUCAAUAUAUCAACGCCUGGGGAUCCAACUCUAGACCUUUCUGGUUUGAAUCUGGAUCCUUAGCCGUGGAGUUAUUGAGGCUUAUGUUACUUAUAAUAAAAACAAAUUAAAUAAUUCAAUUAUUACUUAAUUUCACUGCAUAGUAAAUUAAAAUGUAUCACAUUUCAUCGAUGCCGCUUGCCGCAGUUUGCGCUUAGCUAUGAAAUUGUAACGAUUUUAAUUGUAUAAUAUAAACGAUACCACCGCUGUAAAUAAUGUAAGGGUACCGUACAAAGGGUGAUUUCAUUUAAUAUUAUUUGAAAUAAUUCAAUUGAAUACUUUACGUCGUGGUAAUAAUGGUUUUCAAAUUAAUUUUUCAUGUAUGAAAUAAAUACUCCAGCUUACCACAAGAUGUACUGGGUAUAUUUUUAAUACAUUUAAAAGUACUUUACCUUGUAUGAGAUGACAAAAAGUUCGUCUUGUGAAUUCAUUGCUCACAGCCAACUGUAUGUUUAUAUUCACAUCGUAUAUUUUCAAAAUUUUAAGAACAAUUCAGUUGUGUGCAUUUUAAGAAAUUAAAUGUUAUUUUCUCAGAGGGUGAAGGAAAAAUAUCGUGUUUACGUGUGUGAAGUCUGCCAAUCCGCAUUUGGCAUGGUGGACUAUUUGCCUAACCCCUCUCAUUUUGAGAGCAGACUAGUGCUCAAUAGUGAGCGAAUAUGGGUUGUUGAUGAUGAUGAUGAUGUUGCAGUACAACAAUUGAUCUAUAAUAUACAAAUUUUAAUUUGUAUAUUUCUCAUAAAGUAUUUUGUUGAGGUUUGCACUAUUUGAUAGAUUGAGAGUUGAGAUAAAACGUCGUGCGAAACAGUCCUAUUUGGAGGCAAUAUCAUUAAGAAAAUGUUUAAUAUUACUUUUUUUAACCGAGUUCCAAAAAGGAGGAUGUUCUACGUUCGGCGAUAUGUAUGUUUUUUUUUUAAUUUUUAAAAUCAAUAAAACAAUAACUUGUUACACUUAACUUCAUUUGUAACUAUAUAUGUAAAGGUUAUACUUUAUACUUAUCAAAUAUGUUAUUUACAAUAUAUAUUGAUAAACGUCCUAUAUGUACGGCACCCUACAAAUUAUAAUAUUGUACGAUAUACGUAUUUAUGUACAAACUAUAUAAUUAUAAUCACUUCUGUUACUUUAUAUUAAGGAAGGAUAAGUAACCUUCUUGGACAGGGUAUCGUUUUUAUUUAUUAAAUUUAUUUAUUUUUAACGUGAAUACGAUUUUAUAAUUAUGAAUUUAUGGACAAUAUUAUCAUUAUAUCUAUGUGAAACUGAAUAUAGAUUUAGCCCUUAUUCAUUAUUCAUUACAUUUUAUUUGAAAGCAUUUAGAAAAAACCAAAAAAAUACAUUUUAUUUGUAGUGAACCAAAGAUUUAAAUACGUUUACACCUUUGAUGUUAGCCUAUUUAAAGUAAUACGUAAAUUAAUUAACAUUUAAUUAAAAUAAACAAUUUGAGAUACUUUUUUAUUUCACGAGUAAGGGCCCUUUGUAAAUAUUUGUACGGAAUUCUAUUAGUGUAAGGAUGUAUUGUUUUAUUUUUUAAUUUAAGUGAAAAUAAACACAUUCGCUGUGCAUAUUGCUGUUUAUGGAUAAGAUCCAGAGGAGACAUUUGUGAGGUUUCUUAAAAUAAAUGAAACAGUCGUUGUGAA